UUUCGCAGAAAUGUGCGGACUUACGGAGCGGCCGUGAAUGCGUCCUGAUUGACAGUUGAUGGCAGUUGGUGAGGCGGGAGAUCGCGCUAACGUUAGCUACCCGGACAGAGGCCCGGAUUCAAAAUGUCCGACUGGGAGGAGGAGGAGGAGGGCAGCGCUGCCGUCCCAAAGCCCGCUCCGACCGAAUGGAAAGUACCGCGUGACGACGGCGUGAGAAACGGAACCGGCUCCGGUGAUUCGAGGGGGUGGCGAGCGGACUGUGACGGGGACAGAGGUCGGAGAGGCGGAGGCGAAGGCUGCUCGUUUCCACGGGCCGCGCAGCGCGGAGGAGCCCAAAGACGAGCCGCUGGUGACGCGAAGUCGGACUCUGGUCUGCCCGUGACGUUCGCCGUGGACAACGCUUUAGUUGGGAGGAUAAUAGGUCGAGGAGGAGCCAAAAUCCGUGAACUUGAGGAGAGCACCGGAGCGAGGAUAAAGAUAAAUAACGGUGACUUCGAAGGCGAGGUGGUCCUCUUCGGCUCCUCUGCCGCCCAGCAGAAGGCCAAGGAGCUGAUCGAAGACCUGCUGGCUGAUGGCAACUCUCGAUCUCGCAAUGACUAUGGAGGAGGAACUGGUGGAGGAGGCUACAGAGGAGGAGGUGGCAGAGGAUUUAGGGAUCCCUCUGUCUGGUCUGCUACAGCGCUAGAGGCUGCAGCGACGGCCCCGGCACCUCCAUCUAUAGACUGGAACGACAUCCGGCAGAACAAGGACAAGUAUGAAGAGCUCAAGUGGAAAGACUGCCCCCCUCUGAAGAAGAACUUUUACACUGAGGCAGCAAGUGUGUCCAUGCUCACAGCAGAGGAAGUCAGUGAGUGGAGGAAGGAAAAUAACGAUAUCUUUGUGGACGACUUGAAGGAGGAGGGGGAGAAGCGGCCCGUCCACAGUCCCUGUCGCACCUUCCUGGAGGCCUUUGAGCUUUACCCAGACAUCAUGGAAAGUAUUGAACACGUUGGCUUCGUCAAACCAACCCCCAUCCAGUCCCAGGCGUGGCCGGUGGCCCUCAGCGGGGAGGACCUGAUCGCCAUCGCUCAGACUGGGACGGGGAAGACUCUGGCCUACCUGCUGCCCGGCUUCAUCCACAUGGACGGACAGCCUGUGCCUCGGGCCCAGCGUGGCGGUCCAGGCAUGUUGGUGCUGACUCCCACCAGAGAGCUCGCCCUGCAGAUUGAAACCGAGUGCAGCAAGUAUCGCUACAAAGGCUACAAAAGUGUCUGUAUCUAUGGCGGAGGGGACAGGAGAGCCCAGAUCGGCCUGGUGAAGGCCGGCGUGGACAUCGUGAUCGCCACACCGGGCCGACUCAACGACCUCCAGAUGAACGAGCUCAUCAAUCUUCAGUCCAUCACCUACUUGGUGCUGGACGAGGCCGACCGGAUGCUGGAUAUGGGCUUUGAGCCGCAGAUCAUGAAGAUUCUCCUGGACAUCCGCCCGGACCGGCAGACCAUCAUGACCAGUGCCACGUGGCCCACUGGUGUGAGGCGGUUGGCCAAAUCCUAUCUGAAGAACCCCAUGAUGGUCUAUGUGGGCACGCUGGACCUCGCGGCCGUUAACACGGUGCAGCAAACCGUGCUGAUCGUCCAUGAGGAGGAGAAGAAGUCCUACAUCUUUGACUUCAUCAGGAACAUGCUGCCUCUGGAUAAAGUCCUCAUCUUCGUUGGGAAGAAGCUCGUGGCAGACGACCUGUCCAGUGACAUGUGUCUGCAGGGCCUUGCUGUGCAGAGUCUCCAUGGCGACCGGGAGCAGUGUGACCGAGAAGAGGCCCUCAGCGACUUCAAAGAAAGCCGGGUUCGUAUUCUGGUCGCCACAGACUUGGCGUCUCGAGGGUUGGACGUGCACGACAUCACGCACGUCUUCAACUACGACUUCCCUCGGAACAUAGAGGAGUACGUCCACCGCGUGGGCCGCACCGGCCGAGCAGGGCGCUCAGGUGUUGCUGUUACCUUGGUAACGAGGGAGAACUGGAGAAUGGCCUCUGAGCUCAUUCCCAUCCUGGAGCGAGCCGGACAGGAGGUCCCUGAGGAGCUGGUGCUUAUGGCAGAGAGAUAUGAGAAGCACAAGAAGGAGAAGGACCUGUGCAAUCCCAGGGGAGGAGGAGGUAGGAGAGAAGGAGGAGGAGGAGGGAGGAGAGAUGGAGGGUGGGGCAGGAGCGAUGGAGGAGGAGGCAGAGAUCGAGGCCAAAACUGGGGAUUCUGAGCAUGAUUAAAAAUAUGGGACUGAUGUUGAAGGACCUGAAGCUUCUAGUGUUGUGAUUUCUUUUGAUUGACCUCAUUGUUUGUGUUUGAUGCUCAUUCAGCUUGAGCUCCUGUUUUAUUCAUUCAUAAACCUUCUGUCAGCAGCAACACUGUUCAGUUUAUGUAAAGUGUUUUUUCUUUUGAGCAGUAAACGUGUAAAAUAAAUUCUCCUUUUUAGAGACUCUUGUA